AGUUAAUUUGUGUUUACAGCUGAGGAAUGGAAGAUCCCGGGCCUCUCCGAUGUUGGGACAGGGCAGAUACUGUGGUACAGAAGCUCCAACAAAUAUUCCUGAAACUACAGGAAAUGAACUAAGUGUUACAUUUGUUGGCUUAUCAGCAGCAGCUAUCUUCAAGUUGGUUUACCGAGAAGUGUCAGUGGCUUGUGGAGGUCACACGGUACUCUCUGCACAAAACAGCUCAGUUGUGAUUAUGUCACCGCACUUCCCAAGCGCCCCACCACCACACACCGAGUGUGAAUGGAUCAUAAUGGCUCCUGCAGGCGAGAAGUUACAUUUGGAAUUUGUGGAACGGUUUGAUGUCACCACUUCACUGGAUUGUCAACAAGCAUUUGUGGAACUGCGUGAUGGAGCAACUGUCAACUCGGAACUCAUCAAUAAAUUUUGCAAUGGAAUUCCAAGCUCCCAGUACUCAACAGGCAACAUGCUAUAUGUCCGUUUCUUCACAGACGUCCAGUACCCAAAGAAUGGAUUCAAAGCCGUUGUCACAAUUGCAACUUGUGGAGGCACGAUUAGGGGUUACACAGGCCGUGUCAUAUUGCCAACAUACCCAGGGCAGUAUCCCAACAACUUGAACUGUACGUGGCGACUCAUCGGUCCACCAGACCACUACUUGAUCCUUUGGUUUGAUGAUCUCAGCAUGCAGUACUCCUAUAACUGCAGCAUCGGUGACUACGUGGCAGUAACAGAACAGAUUCCCUUCAAUGGCUCAGUGAAUGAGCUUGUCAGAUUCUGUAGCUCCUAUGAACAUAGUAGCCAAAUUUUCAACAGUACGGACAAUGAGGUAGCAGUGCUGUUCCACUCAGAUGAUCGCUCUAACAGCUAUGAAGUGAAUCGAGGAUUUUCCCUGAGGUUCAACACCAGUCAGAAUGUGUGUGGAGGUUUAUUGGAGGGUCCCAGUGGGGUAUUUGAGAGUCCAGGGUACCCCUCAACUCGGGGUUACCGGCGCAUCUGUAGGUGGGAAAUAGUCGUACCCAUCGGGCGCAGAGUCAGCGUGGAGCUGCUGGACUUUGAUCUGGAUUCCUCAGUGGAGGCACACAAACAUCGAAUUAUUUUCUUCGAUGGUCUGAAAUAUUCCCUCUAUCUCAAGACAUUUUAUGCAUCCAGUGUACCAGAGAUUGUGAGAUCCACAAGCAACCGUAUGCUCAUCAUUUUUGUGUCAUUUUACAAUGUGGGACACCGUGGUUUCAGAGCACGAUACACGUCAGACGAACUCUCACCAUGUAUUGGUGACCUUAGUGGAGACAGUGGUUAUGUCUAUCCUCCUGCCAGAUCCUUGAAUCUGACUUCCUUUCAUUGUGAAUGGGAGAGAAGUGUUCAAACGGAUGUGCGUAAGACCAUUGCCUUCACGCUGCUUAAUGGUACAAUUAGCUCUACAGAACAUCAGACCUGCUACCAUCAUUGGAACAGCGUCUGGUUUGCCACAGGAAGUGGCAUGCUUCUGGGACAGUUCUGUGGUAACUACACAAAACCUUCAAGGAUACUCAGCCCCUUCAUGAAUGUGGUCAUGAAGGCAACUCAGAGUCCUAGUGGCAGAGUGGACUUUGUAUUGCAUUAUUCCACAUUCAACUGUGGAGGCCCAGUUUCUGGUCCUCUAGAUGUGCUGAAAAGUCCAGUGGCAUCCAAUGGGAAUUACCCCCCAAACACUGCAUGUGUGUGGGCUGUUACGCACCCCGAAGGCUCUGUUAUAAAUAUAACAUUCAUCUCCAUGAGACUAGAGAGUAACUGCAACCACGAUUACGUGCUUAUUCGGAAUGGACCAUAUCCGUCUUCUCCACUGAUAAACACAUACUGCGGCAACAAUCUCCCAUUGCCCAUUCUCUCAGAGUCCAGUGGUUUGUGGAUUGAGUUCCACUCCGAUGAUUCCAAAGAGGAUGAGGGAUUCGAACUGAAACUUGAAUCUGUCUUUGAAGGUUGUGGAGGGCUAUUACAAACCAAAGGCAACAUGUUUUCUACCCCAAAUUAUCCAGGGAAGUAUCCACCAAAUUCAGAGUGCACUUGGGACAUACGAGUGAAGGAGGGAUAUAUUAUCACUCUAAGCUUCUUGGAGCGCUUUGAUAUAGAACAGUCAAAUGACUGCUCUGAGGACUUUGUGGAGGUGUUUGAUUACGUGGACAGUGAGUGGGUGUCCCUCCAAAAACUUUGUGGUCGGAAUCUGCCUUCCAGAAUGAAAUCGACAGGAUCGCAGAUGCAGGUGCUAUUCCGUAGCAAUCCAGGAGGCAGUAACAGUGGUUUUAAGGCAACAUUUGAUAUUAACUGCGGUGCUGUAAUUGCCAACAAGAGCAGUGGACACAUCGUGUCCCCUGGUUUUCCCAUGCAGUAUGAUGCCAAUCUUAAGUGCAACUAUACCAUCUUGGCUCCAGGCAGAUACAUCAAGUUGGAGUUCAUCUCAUUCAGUUUGGAAGGGUCUGACAGAUGCUACUAUGACUGGGUAAAGAUUUUCCAGAAGCUCCGCUGGUCAGACUCACUGGAAGAGAUUGGCAAAUAUUGUGGGUCCGCCAUCCCACCACCUAGACGGAUCAAGAACAUGGCUUUGAUUUCCUUCAAGUCUGAUUCUGAGUAUCAAGCCCAGGGUUUCCAGCUCAGAUAUGAAAUUGACACCUGUGGUGGGCAGGUGACGAGGCCUGGCAUCAUCGAGACUCCUAACUUCGCGGGGCAGUACUCUGAAGAAGCAAACUGUACAUGGAACAUCACAGCACCUCCUAACCAUGUCAUAUUACUCAGAUUCUCCAAGUUUGUUGUGGAGUUCAGUGACCGGUGCCACUAUGACUUUGUGAGAGUGUUUGAUGGGGACAGCAUGAACAGUACAUUUUUGCUGGCACAGCUGUGCGGUAACCAUAGCAAGUCACCACCUAUCCUGCACUCUACUGGCAAUAAGAUGCUGGUCCAGUUCCUGUCUGACCACUCACGAAGCUACCCAGGUUUUACAGCAGCGGUUAUCUUUCAGACAGCUUGUGGUGGCACUAUCGAAGUCAGCAACAGAGCCAGCACUCUGAGGCCUGUUGUCACGACAGAAUCAUUCAUAUCCUGUGGGUGGUUGGUACUUGGAGACCGUGGCGAACAGAUCCAGCUGUCUGUGACAUCUCUCAAUCUUACACCAUGCACCAGUCUUGGAAAUAAUUUCACCACUGCUACAAACUGUUCAUGUUCUUACUUUGAGGUCCGUGAUGGUCCUGGUCCACUGUCAGAGUUGAUUAAAAGUUUCUGUGGUAACUCGCCCCCUCCUACCAUCACAUCGUCCUCCAAUCAGAUGUGGAUAACCUUUGUGUCCGAGAAUGGAGUCACAGCAAACACAUUCAGUGCCAUCGUCAGUGGUGUUCCUUCAGUGUGCGGGUCACCAAUACGGAACGUGACCAACGUGCUGCAGGAUCUGACAUCUCCAGGCUACCCGUCAAAUUACCCUCCCAAUGUAAGAUGUCGUUGGAUCCUCACCAGUGACCAGUAUCAGCGAUUUGAUCUACACUUUGCUGAUCUAGACAUUGAAGCCAGUUACAAUUGUAAUGCCGAUUAUUUGACAAUAGAGGACAUCUCCUCUUCGCAUAGUCGUUAUGUGAUAACAGAGGGACUCGGCCAGAAUCUCAUCUUUAAUGGUGGAUCACCGAACAACUACCACACAUUUUACAGAGGCACCCACUAUCCACUGACCAAGGCAACAUUCUGUGGGCAUGGGCUGCCUAUCGACUACUACUCUGAGCAAAAUACUGUUCAGUUGUCAUUCCAAAGCAAUUCAGGAGUGGAAGGCAAGGGCUUCAAGUUACGCUAUGCAUUUCAAGGCUGCAACAGGAAUUACACAGGGGUACAGGGACGCAUCUAUAUGGACCAGGUGUCUGCAGAGUGUACUCUGAUGAUUCGCGCACCAGACAACUCUACCAUUGCACUCUAUUUCAUGAGUUUCCAUCAACAAAGAAGCGAACAGUGCCUGGAAUCUUCUCUUGAGGUACGAGAUGGCGCCACUCGACAAUCACCUCCGCUGGCUCGUCUUUGUGGCUAUGAGUUGCCAAAUCCCAUCUUCUCAACAGGAAAUGCUCUGUUGCUGCUACUGUCUGCGGACUCGUUAAAUUACGACCAUCUGGAUAUUACAUACACAACCACUGAUCAAGGUAUUUCCAUAAGUUUGCAUAAGUAGUUCACUCUCAGUGAG